UCGUGAAUUGGGUGGAAAGUGUUGUUUGCAGAAAUUUAGCUAGGAGCUUAGCAGAGGAGGUGUCAGUCUCCAAAAAACAAAGAGGUUGUUUGUGGGAGCUGCAGGACCUUCGCUGUUGUCGUCAGGUCACGACCCGCUAAGAUGGCAGAGCUGAGGCACCGUGGACCCAAAGACAGCGACCCUUCGUUUCAGCAGCAGCCGUCAGAGGACAAGGGUUCGGACAAUGAACUGAAGGCAGAAAAAGAGGGGGUGUCAGACAGUGAGUCCAAAGUGGACUCUGGUGUCCCAGAGGUGCCGGUCCCUCCUGACGACACCCCUGAGGUUUUAAAUAAGGCGCUGUCUGGACUCUCUUCAAGAUGGAAGAACUGGUGGGUACGAGGGAUCCUAACACUAGCCAUGAUCUCCUUCUUCUUCUUCAUCAUCUACUUGGGCCCCAUGGUGCUUAUGAUGAUUGUCCUCUGUGUCCAGAUAAAAUGCUUCCAGGAAAUCAUUACCAUUGGUUACAGUGUGUACCACUCCUACGACCUGCCGUGGUUCAGGACAUUGAGCUGGUACUUCCUGCUGUGUGUGAACUACUUCUUCUAUGGUGAGACCGUGACAGAUUAUUUCUUCACACUGGUUCAGAGGGAGGAACCCCUUCGCAUCCUCAGCAAAUACCACCGCUUCAUCUCCUUCGCGCUCUACCUCACAGGUUUCUGUAUGUUUGUGCUGAGUUUGGUGAAGAAACAUUACCGCCUUCAGUUUUACAUGUUUGGUUGGACCCAUGUGACUCUCCUGAUUGUUGUGACCCAGUCUCACCUCAUCAUUCACAACCUGUUUGAGGGAAUGAUCUGGUUCAUUGUGCCCAUUUCUUGUGUGAUCUGUAAUGACAUCAUGGCCUACAUGUUUGGUUUCUUCUUUGGGCGAACCCCUCUUAUCAAGCUGUCGCCUAAGAAGACUUGGGAGGGCUUCAUCGGUGGAUUCUUCUCCACCAUAGUUUUUGGAAUCAUGCUCUCCUACGUCAUGGCUGGCUAUCGCUACUUUGUGUGUCCGGUGGAGUUCAACAACGAUUCCAACAGCUUCCAGGUGGAUUGUGAGCCAUCAGAGCUGUUUCAGCUCCAGGACUACUUCCUCCCCAGUAUGCUGGAGUCUGUCACUGGAUGGACCACAGUGCGCCUGUAUCCAUUCCAGAUCCACAGCAUUGCCCUCUCCUCCUUUGCCUCCAUCGUGGGACCCUUUGGUGGCUUCUUUGCUAGCGGCUUCAAGAGAGCUUUCAAAAUCAAGGAUUUUGCAAACACCAUCCCAGGUCACGGAGGCAUUAUGGACAGAUUUGACUGCCAGUACCUCAUGGCCACAUUUGUUAAUGUCUACAUUGCUAGCUUCAUUAGGGGCCCUAACCCCACCAAGGUGAUCCAGCAGCUCUUGGCCCUCCGUCCAGAUCAGCAGCUCUACAUCUUCAAUUCCCUGAAGGCCCACCUGACCGAGAAAGGCCUGCUGCCAGCGCUGGAGGAGGCCGCCGCAGCUUAGAGCCGCCAACAACCACAGCUGGCUCGCCCUAAGAGGAGGGGAGAGACGGGAAAGGAGGGCAGCGGCACCCAGGGAGCCCCGCGCACCCCUGGAGCUCUGGGAAGACUCAGUGCUUUUGCAUGAGCGAGAACACAUCCAAGAAAAACAAACCGAAAACCACAAAAUCGACAGCCUUGGGUCAUUCCAUUUCAUGUGGGUGUGGGAGUCAUGCUUGUCUGUGUUCCUACAGUCUGUGAAUCAUGUUUCUGACACCAGUGUUUUCAGGUUGAGUUUGUGAAUUACUGUACUUUUACACAUUUCCAUUACCAUCAACCUCUAUCUAGUUACACUGUUAAACAAAAUGUUGGUUUGCUGUACAUUUCUACCUGUACACACAAUAUCCUCUAUAUAUACCUUAUUAUUAAUGUGUGUUGAUAUUUUAUUGUUCUUUUUUAUUAUUUCAAUGCACUGCUCUCAGCGCUGUUACUCACUGUAUUCUUACUCUACUGCACCCUCCCUCUAAUUUAAGGGUAAUUUUCUUUAUUGUGAGUUUUUCUAUUUAUAAAUAGAUGUUUUUAUAUUUGGUAUGGUUCUAUUAUAUCUUAAUGUCUUUUUUUUCUUUCUUUCUUUUUUUUAAAAGUCAGGCUAAAUUCACCAUCGCCAUCUACCAUGUACAUUUUUUGUCUUUGUUUUUUUCUGCCAUUCAUCAAAGCCUCUCAUGCUUGGCCAAAUCUUUAAGACGUUAUUGUGCCGAAAUCAAAGGUGAAUGACUAAAUUAGACUUGAAGGGGACCUCUAAUGCUUUGUUCCAGCUCUUGGAUGGUAGCUUUAUGUGAUUCACAAUUCCUUAUAUAUCCUACCCCGGGCCUUGCUGCAGCUCCUCAGUUCAUCCUCGGAAACGAGUUGUUUCAGCUUCCUUCCCUUUUAAACUUUGUUCUGAUUGGCUGCUGCGCAUAAACAGACUUUUUAAUCACACUGAGCCAAGAAUGGGGGGGGGAAGCUUUCUAAAGCCAGACAACUCCCAGAGAUUGCACAUGCACUGACCUCAUGUUUGAAAGGUUAGCCAUGGUUAUUAAUGUAUGUAUGUAAGUGAGUGAGUGAGGGAGGACAGGUCCACUUUAGGUCCAUCAAGUCUUUGAGUUCAACUAUUGGUGGUUUUGUGUUUACGGAGCAUAAAAGCUACGUUAUCAUCUUAUUGCUGUUCAGCAGAAAUGAUGUCACAAAUAGAGCUGGCUAUGUUUGUUUUACAUGUUUUGUUUUUUGUGGUCCGUUGCUUGUUGACUGUAAGGUACAGAGGGAUCGUUUCAUUAUGGCUACUCCCUCUGACAGCUGGAAUGUGUAACUAUGCCACAGUUAGGGUUUCUACACUGCCACCAGCUGCUUGUGCGUGCUGUGAUGUCACUGUUUUUCACCGCUUGAGCGCAGCACAAACGGCAUAUCGAUACUGACUGAUCAACUUGAUUUAUUUGUGGCCUGUUGCCAUCUCAUUGGGUGAAACUUUGGCCAAUACAAUCCGUUAUUGUGUACGUAUUGCAGUUCAUUCCCUUUUCCAGUGGCGGCUUUUUUAAUUUUUGCCACUUUCAAGUGUGUUUGUGUGUAUUGGAUUUAACGAUAAAAUAUAAAAGCUGGGACUUCAUUAAAGCUGGCUUCUUUUCUGAUUUCACACACAAUCUGGGGAUGUUUAAGGGCCACCACAUUGUUUUUAUUAAACCUGCCACACACUGACUCGUGCUCUUGAUCAUUUCAUAAUCUGCAGACAGAUUUUGGUGGAAUAAAGUGGGCCUUUGAGUCAGGGAUACGCUGCUAAGAUGCAUUGUGGGAAUUGUCUGGCUGUUUCAUCCUCGGCUUUUCCACUUUUUCUUCCACUGUGCUGGGUUAUUAAAGUUCACAGACAGAUGGAAAAUUAAUCCACUCAGAUUACCGGUGAUUGUUCAGGUGAGAAGCCCUGUAGACAAAAGACUUGGAUGGUGUUUGCACACAUUCAUUGUUUUGUUUCAUGUCUACUCAUAGGACAAAACAGCAAUAUGAACAUUCAUGCAGUAGUCAGUGUAGCAGGGAUAUGAUCAUGGAGAGUAAGAAACGCAUACUAUUUAUAUUAUUUAUAUAUAAAUAUAUAUUUAUGUUGUCUGUGUGACAGCAUGUCUCUAUGCUAGCCAUACAAAUCAGCUGAUACAGUAAACGACUGCUUUAUUUCACCUUAAAUUUCCUCUGAACUGAUACUCUUCCCCCCCCCAAGAAAAAGUUAUAUUUUUAAGCAAUGCACUUUAUUGCUACCCAGAUCUAGAUUGCGGCAAUCAAUUUAUAAAAGGGUCCCCCUUUUUUCCCAUAGGAGCCGUUGUGUAAACCCAGGCAUGGCUUUAUGUGUUGUCAUUCCAUUCAUGAUUUCUGUGCUGCAUCCAGCUACUCCGUCUUUCUGAAGAUGUUUUAUUUAAGCAAACCGUUUUGAAAGUUACUAUAUUAUACAUUUAUUAAGAGGCUGUUUAGGAAGACUAUUUUGAGUGUUCUUUAGUAUUUUUCUUAGAGUAAUAUUGAAAGUAUUAUUAUUAUUAUUAUUGCCAUAUAGGAAAAAGUGCAGAAAUGACAGAAAGGUGUUUUCUUGCUGUGGCUUUAUUAGUACAUUUGGGUGUUUUUAUUUAACCUUUUCCCUGAUAGCCGUUGUAUGUUCACUUCUGCGUGGAGUGUGACUUGAAUCAGUGUGGAAACUCAUUCUAGUAGGUUCCAGGUAGCUAGUGUCUCAGCAGAAAUAGAUAUCUUGUGAUUUUUGUUGGGUUUUUUUGUUUGUUUUUUUGAGCCUCACUAUCUCGUUGGCCUUCGACAGUUUUUAAGCCUGCAGCUCUGUACUGCCAUUUCACUGCCUGGUGUUGCAGACGGCCACUAGAGAGAGCUGGAGCUCCUGUGCUGGGUGGAUGGGUUUGACCCUUUCUGACUGCUGCUUGAUACAUUCCAGUAACCCCUGAAGUUGAGAUUUGCUCACAAGCAGGUCAUUUUUAAGAGAUAAUCAUGCCACUUUCAGAGGGAAACCUGAUUUUUGUUGUUGUUGUUUUUCCUUCUUCCCCUGUUUUCGGGCACCUACAGUUGGAUAUGCCUCUGUGCUACUUUUAUCAAGACAGUGCCACUUUGCUUUUUUGCAUCCUGCUCAGUCAGGAGUCUCUUUGAAAUAAAA